AGAGAGAUGACAAUGUCUCUCAUCCAAGCGUGCCGCAGUCUGGCUCUCUCAACAUGGCUGCUUUCCUUUUGUUUCGUGCAUCUGCUCUGCCUGGACUUCACCGUGGCGGAGAAGGAGGAAUGGUACACCGCCUUCGUGAACAUCACCUAUACGGAGCCCGAGUCCGGGGCCGCGGUAGCGGGCGGUGGUGGUGGCGCCGAGCUGCACACAGAGAAGAGCGAGUGCGGGCGAUACGGCGAGCACUCGCCCAAGCAGGACGCGCGCGGCGAGGUGGUCAUGGCCAGUUCGGUCCACGACCGCCUGGCUUGCGACCCCAACACCAAGUUCGCGGCGCCGGCCCACGGCAAACACUGGAUAGCCCUCAUCCCCAAGGGCAACUGCACCUACAGGGAUAAGAUCCGGAACGCGUUUCUGCAGAACGCCUCCGCCGUGGUCAUCUUCAACGUGGGUUCCAACACCAACGAGACCAUCACCAUGCCCCACGCAGGUGUGGAAGACAUCGUGGCUAUAAUGAUUCCUGAGCCCAAAGGGAAGGAGCUAGUGAGUCUGCUGGAGAGGAACGUCACCGUGACCAUGUACAUCACCAUCGGCACCCGGAACUUGCAAAAAUAUGUGAGCCGCACGUCGGUUGUGUUUGUCUCCAUCUCCUUCAUUGUCCUGAUGAUCAUUUCCCUGGCAUGGCUGGUCUUUUAUUACAUCCAGAGGUUUCGGUAUGCAAAUGCCAGGGACAGGAACCAGCGCCGACUGGGAGAUGCCGCAAAGAAAGCCAUCAGCAAACUCCAAGUCAGGACCAUCAGGAAGGGUGACAAGGAAACAGAGUCUGAUUUUGAUAACUGUGCAGUCUGCAUAGAAGGAUACAAGCCCAGCGAUGUGGUCAGGAUCCUGCCCUGCCGGCAUCUUUUCCACAAGUCCUGUGUGGACCCCUGGCUUCUAGACCAUCGCACCUGCCCCAUGUGCAAGAUGAACAUUCUUAAGGCCCUAGGGAUCCCGCCCAAUGCUGACUGCAUGGACGACUUGCCCAUUGAUUUCGAGGGCUCUCUAGGAGGCCCACCAACCAAUCAGAUCACAGGAGCCAGUGAUACAACUGUCAAUGAAAGCUCAGUCACUCUGGACCCUGCUGUGCGGACAGUAGGAGCCCUGCAGGUGGUCCAGGACCCAGACCCCGCUCCUCAGGAGGGAGAAGCCAUCUUUACAACUAACAGUGACCAAGAGCCAGCAGUGAGCAGUGAUUCUGACAUCUCGUUAAUUAUGGCCCUGGAAGUGGGGCUGUCUGAUGUAGAACUUUCCACCGACCAAGACUGCGAGGAGGUGAAAUCUUGAGAAGGUAGAAAUGGACAAAAAGAAGACAUAGGAACCAGGGGGACAGGAAGGAAGCAUGCUCCGAGAAUUGAACUGGAUACACGGCCUUCGGGUCACCAUGGCAACCCCUUCAGGUCACCAUGGAAACCUUGAACUCUGUUCAGGGGCAGUACGAAAGCAAUAUCCAAAGUCUCCAGAGUCAGGACUCGGGUUCCCAUCUCUGCGACAGCCUGUGGCCUUGAUGUGGGAGUUGAAAGCUGGAUCCCUUGGUGUCUGUGCACACACGGCAAACCGGAAGGAGACCUUCACAGCUUCUUCACUUGAUUUCAGCCUCUCCCGUCUUCUUGCUCUUGUUUGGGAAAGACGGUUUCGGUCCCUCAGCAAUUUCUUUUUAAAGUUGAUGUGUAGUUUCCAAAUCAAUCCCUCUGUUUUCCCUUUGAUUCACCCCAGCCCGUGUACAGAGGUCAGUUUAGAAAUUCUGGUUGCUGCUCUGA